AUGAAAGUAGAAGUAAAAAAACUGUACAAGGUUGACAGACACAACUAUCUCCUUCAAAAGCUCGAUCUCUGUGACUUUGAUGAAACAUGCCAAGCUAAUUUCGUAGAGAUCAUACCUUUCGCUUGUAAAUAUAACAGUAAUAGAUACUUGCUCACAGUCAUUAAUGUAUUUUCAAAGUUUGUAUGGGCUGUUCCUGUAAAAAACAGAACUUGUAAAGAUGUAAAUGCAGCUAUGAAGUCAAUAUUAACAGAUAAAGAAGUUUCAACUGAUUUCGUAGCAGAUCGUGGUAAACAGUUUUACAGUGCGAAUUAUGGAAGUCUCAUGCAAAGAUACAAAAUUAAUUUGUUCUUUACUUAUAGUUACCUCAAAGCAUCUCUGUUACGAGUAGCUCCUACGAGCCCACCAACAAAUUAUCAAGAAGAUUAUCAAGAGCAUUUAAUCUCUGGAGCUUCCUAUGAACAGUCACUCCAGUAA